AUGUUCAAUAAAUCCUUUUACGUUUACUUUUUGGUUAUAUUAGUUUUGUUAGCUAUUGUAGCAACACCACAAAAAAACCAAAAUGUGGCUAAAACAGUUACUAAGAAAGAGACAGAGUAUAAGACUGUGACCAAGGCUACGACUAAGAAAGAGAUAGAAUACAAGACCGAGUACAAGACCGUGACCAAGGCUACGACUAAGAAAGAGACUGAGUACAAGACCGUGGUCAAGCCUGAGUACAAGACCGUGACCAAGGCUACGACUAAGAAAGAGAUAGAGUACAAGACCAUAACCAAGCCCGAGUACAAGACCGUGACCAAGGCUACGACUAAGAAAGAGACUGAGUACAAGACUGUGGUCAAGCCCGAGUACAAGACCGUGACCAAGCCCGAGACUAAGAUCGUGACCAAAACUGUGGUCAAACCUGAGUACAAGACCGUGACCAAAGCUACGACUAAGAAAGAGGUAGAGUACAAGACUGCGACCAAGGUCGAGACUAAGACCGUGACCAAGCCCGAGUACAAGACCGUGACCAACGUCGAGGUUAAGACCGUAACCAAGCCUGAGUACAAGACCGUAACCAAGCCUGAGUACAAGACCGUGACCAAGCCCGAGUACAAGACCGUAACCAAGCCUGAGUACAAGACCGUGACCAAGGCCGAAACUAAAACCGUUACUGUUACUGAGAAAAAAGAAAA